AUGGCCGGAUCUCCCCGCCGCGCCGCGAGCCGGCGACUGCAGCUGCCCCUGCUGUGCCUCCUCUUCCAGGCUGUCACCAUCAUCCUCUUUGCCAUCUUUGUCCGCUACAACCACGAAACCGACGCUGCCCGCUGGCACUGGGGCAACCACAGUUACGCGAACAAUGAAUUUUACUUUCGUUACCCAAGCUUCCAGGACGUGCACGCCAUGGUGUUCGUGGGCUUCGGCUUCCUCAUGGUCUUCCUGCAGCGCUACGGCUUCAGCAGCGUGGGCUUCACCUUCCUCCUGGCCGCCCUGGCCCUGCAGUGGUCCACCCUGGUGCAGGGCUUCCUGCACUCCUUCCACGGCGGCCACAUCCAUGUCGGCGUGGAGAGCAUGAUCAACGCCGACUUCUGCGCGGCCUCCGUGCUCAUCUCCUUCGGGGCCGUUCUGGGCAAGACGGGGCCUGCGCAGCUGCUGCUCAUGACCCUGCUGGAGGUGGCGCUGUUCGGGAUCAACGAGUUCGUGCUCCUCAACCUCCUGGGGGUGAGGGAUGCGGGCGGCUCCAUGACUAUCCACACCUUUGGAGCCUACUUCGGGCUGUUCCUGUCGAGGGUCCUCUACAGGCGCCAGCUGGAGAAGAGCAAGCACCGCCAAGGCUCCAUCUACCAUUCGGACCUCUUUGCCAUGAUUGGAACCAUCUUCCUGUGGAUCUUCUGGCCUAGCUUCAACUCUGCACCCACUGCGCUGGGGGACACGCAGCAUCGGACAGCCCUCAACACGUACUACUCCYUAACGGCCAGCACCCUCAGCACUUUUGCUUUGUCUGCCCUCAUCAGUGGGGACGGGCGGCUGGACAUGGUCCACGUUCAGAAUGCAGCACUGGCYGGAGGGGUUGUGGUGGGGACGUCUGGUGAAAUGAUGCUGACCCCCUUUGGGGCUCUGGCAGCUGGCUUCUUGGCAGGGACUGUCUCCACGCUGGGGUACAAGUUCUUAACGCCCGUCCUGGAAUCCAAACUCAAAAUCCAAGACACAUGUGGUGUCCACAACCUCCAUGGAWUGCCGGGGGUCCUGGGGGCCCUUCUGGGGGUCCUGGUGGCUGGACUAGCCACCCAUGAUGCUUAUGGAGAUGGGAUCCCCACUUUCCUGCUCUCACCCCAAGAUUUUCAUUCUCUAGGUUCAGUUCAUUCAUGGCUCCUGCUGAGACUGCCCUGCCUGGAUGCCCCCCCAGACUCUCAGUGCUUCGAGGACCAGAUCUACUGGGAGGURCCUGGGGAGUAUGAGAAUGAAGCCCAGGGACCCCUGACUGUGGAGGAACCAGACACUCGGGCCUAACCAGCUGCSAGCCCUUGAGAG